UUUGGAAGUUGAGGGGUUCAGCUUGCUGCAAAGUAUCCCCUCCGCACCAACUUUAUCCCAGCACGUUCUGCAUGCUCUAUAGGUAGGACGGGAUCGAAGGGGAGGGUAGCAAGGGUGGGUGUGCAUGAAGCUUGGGGAAGCUGUGAUGAUUGGACACCAAGAGCCGCCAAUAUCACAACGGGUGCUCCUCAACCCGAACCUUGAGUCGGCGAGGCUCUGCGCAACAUCAAUCCAAACCUGGGCACCUUUCGUCGGUUGGCAGCAUUCGCCAGCCAGCCUGAUGUGCAUAAGCUGAUGACGAACCCCGUUCGAUGGCAAGGCACGGAACACGACUUGAAUCACUUCACAUGCUUCAUCCUCAAGACCAUUCUCCGCAUAGCAAAAAGUUCUCAAGUUGUCUAACCAUGACAAUGUCCCGAGGAGUCAGCGACCAUCAGAAAGAUGCUGGCAGUAGGCGGGUCGAACUGGGCAGUAUGGAAGGGGACGAACCCUUUCCUUGGCUCAGCGCUGACGACCGAGGAGCGGAAUAUGUCAGUUACUCUGAGUUCACCGACCUGCCUGCAUGUUCUUUCGACUUUGGGGAUCAAGGCUAUGCCGCAUCUUCGAACAAUGGAGGCAACCUGCUCCAGAUGACAGCCCGUUCAGAUAAGCACGGAAUCGUGUUUGCACGCGGUGACUUUGAGUACUCCCUGUAUCUGUCUCUCGCCCGCGGACAAAGAAUCAGUGGAGGGAAGUCAGCUUUUGGCCUGCAAGUUGCUGAGCCUGAGAGGUCGGCCAGCUCAUGUGAAGAGGUAAGUAAUCCUCAUUUUGAGUCAAAAGUAUGCCCAAUGUUCCUCACCUACCUCACUCAAGCCUCGGUACCAUUACGCCCUUGCUAGCAUUAUUGAGCGUGGCUGUUACGGCUACCGCUGGCCAUACAACGAGUUUUGCCUCCAUGUCGACAAGGCCACCGAAUCAGCCGGGUAUA